UAUUGAUCAGUCUGUCCAUCGAUCUUUACAACACCUAACCCUUCCAUCCAUCUUCCAUCCAUCCACGUCUCGGAUUACAAACCAUUUACCCAGCGAGACCUGUCCAUUUGUUGUGUUACUGUCAAUUAAUCUACGUCAAAGUGAAAGCAAGUUUAGGACGUCGUUUAUAAUACCUACAUUGAUAGAGACACCACCACCACUUCCAACCAGCCUAUACUGAACGUAUACAAUAGAUCUAUCGCGAGCACUCAUUUACUUGAUUGCUAGACAACAGCGCUAACUCCUGAAACGUAAAAAAAACAAAAAAAAAAACACGGAGAGAUAGAACAGAGUAGUAAGCCAUGAGUCGCCAGUUCCCAUAUUCGAGCGCACCCCUUCGGUCUGUCAAAGAAGUGCAAUUUGGUUUGCUUUCUCCAGAAGAAGUCCGUGCGAUUUCCGUAGCGAAGAUCGAGUAUCCUGAAACCAUGGACCAGACCACUAAGAAGCCAAGAGAAGGAGGGCUUAAUGACCCAAGAUUGGGGUCCAUUGACCGUAAUUUCAAAUGUCAAACAUGUGGAGAAGAUAUGGCUGAAUGUCCUGGACAUUUCGGUCAUAUUGACUUGGCUAAGCCUGUCUUCCACAUUGGUUUCAUUGCCAAAAUUAAGAAGGUCUGCGAGUGUGUAUGUAUGCACUGUGGUAAGUUAUUGUUGGAUGAAACCAACCCUGUCAUGGCCCAAGCUAUUAAGAUCAGAGAUCCAAAGAAGAGAUUUAAUGCUGUGUGGAAUGUAUGUAAGACCAAGAUGAUUUGUGAAGCUGACAACUUGAGUGAAGAGAAUCAAAAUGGGUUCCCAGGUAGUGCCCCUGUAGAAACUAAGGGUAGAGGAGGAUGUGGCCACACGCAACCAACCGUCCGUAGAGAUGGUUUGAAGUUGUGGGGAACCUGGAAACAAAAUAAGCAAUUUGAUGAGAAUGAACAACCAGAACGUCGUUUAUUGACUCCAUCAGAAAUCUUGAGUGUUUUCAAACACAUUAGCUCCGAAGACUGUUACAGACUUGGGUUCAAUGAAGAUUACGCCAGACCUGAGUGGAUGUUGAUUACUGUAUUACCAGUGCCACCUCCACCAGUGCGUCCAUCUAUUGCCUUUAAUGAUACCGCUAGAGGUGAAGAUGAUUUAACCUUUAAGUUGGCCGAUGUAUUGAAGGCAAAUAUCAAUGUUCAAAGAUUGGAAAUGGAUGGUUCACCUCAGCACGUUAUCAGUGAAUUUGAAGCUUUACUUCAAUUCCAUGUGGCAACAUAUAUGGAUAACGAUAUUGCUGGGCAGCCCCAAGCACUUCAAAAGACUGGUCGUCCUAUCAAAUCUAUUAGAGCUAGAUUGAAGGGUAAAGAAGGUAGAUUGAGAGGGAAUUUGAUGGGUAAGCGUGUGGAUUUUUCUGCACGUACCGUCAUUUCUGGUGAUCCAAACUUGGAUUUAGAUCAAGUUGGUGUGCCGAUUUCCAUUGCAAGAACCUUAUCCUACCCUGAAAUAGUUACCCCUUACAAUAUUCACCGUUUGACCGAAUAUGUCCGUAAUGGACCAAACGAUCAUCCUGGUGCAAAGUAUGUGAUCAGAGACACUGGUGACCGUAUUGAUUUGAGAUACAACAAGAGAGCCGGUGAUAUUGCAUUGCAGUACGGGUGGAAAGUUGAACGUCACUUGAUGGAUGAUGACCCAGUUCUUUUCAACCGUCAACCUUCGUUGCAUAAGAUGUCUAUGAUGGCGCAUAGAGUUAAGGUUAUGCCUUACUCUACUUUCAGAAUGAAUUUGUCUGUUACUUCGCCUUAUAAUGCCGAUUUCGAUGGUGAUGAAAUGAAUUUACAUGUUCCUCAAUCUCCCGAAACUAGAGCUGAAUUGUCUCAAAUUUGUGCCGUUCCACUUCAAAUUGUUUCUCCACAAUCCAAUAAACCUGUUAUGGGAAUUGUCCAAGAUACAUUGUGUGGUAUCCGUAAGAUGACCUUGCGUGAUAACUUUAUUGAGUUUGACCAAGUCAUGAAUAUGUUAUAUUGGAUUCCAAACUGGGAUGGUGUUAUUCCUCCUCCAGCAAUUGUGAAGCCAAAGCCAAUGUGGUCCGGUAAACAAAUCUUGUCUAUGGCUAUCCCUAAGGGUAUUCAUUUGCAAAGAUUUGAUGACGGUAAGGAUUUACUGAGUCCUAAAGACAGUGGUAUGUUAAUUGUAGAUGGUGAAAUCAUGUUUGGUGUGGUUGACAAGAAGACUGUUGGUGCUACUGGUGGUGGUUUAAUCCACACUGUGAUGAGAGAAAAGGGUCCACAAGUUUGUGCUCAACUUUUCAGUUCCAUCCAAAAGGUAGUCAACUACUGGUUGUUACAUAACGGGUUCUCCAUUGGUAUUGGUGAUACCAUUGCCGAUCACAGUACUAUGAGAGAUGUCACUACUACUAUUACAGAGGCCAAAAAUAAGGUUCAGGAAAUCAUUUUGGACGCCCAACUGAACAAGCUUGAACCUGAACCAGGUAUGACCUUGCGUGAGUCGUUCGAACAUAAUGUUUCUCGUGUUUUGAAUCAAGCUCGUGAUACUGCCGGUCGUUCUGCAGAAAUGAACUUGAAGGAUUUAAACAAUGUGAAGCAAAUGGUGGUUUCAGGUUCCAAGGGUUCUUUUAUUAAUAUUUCUCAAAUGUCUGCCUGUGUAGGACAGCAGAUUGUUGAAGGUAAGCGUAUUCCUUUCGGUUUCGCUGACCGUUCAUUACCACAUUUCACAAAGGAUGAUUACUCGCCAGAAUCUAAGGGUUUCGUGGAAAAUUCGUACUUAAGAGGAUUGACUCCACAAGAGUUCUUCUUCCACGCCAUGGCUGGUAGAGAAGGUCUUAUUGAUACCGCUGUCAAAACUGCCGAAACUGGUUAUAUUCAACGUCGUUUGGUUAAAGCUUUGGAAGAUAUCAUGGUUCAUUACGAUGGUACUACUAGAAACUCUCUUGGUGAUAUUAUUCAAUUCGUCUAUGGUGAAGACGGUAUUGAUGGUACCCAAGUUGAAAAACAAUCUGUUGAUACUAUUCCUGGCUCUGACGAUUCUUUUGAACGUCGUUACAGAGUGGAUGUCUUGGAUCCAACCAAAUCUAUCCGUGAAUCACUUCUCGAAUCUGGUAAGGAAAUUAGAGGUGAUGUUAAAUUGCAGAAGGUUUUGGAUGAAGAAUAUAAACAAUUGUGUGAUGAUCGUCGUUACUUGAGAGAAGUUUGUUUCCCUAACGGUGACUUCAACUGGCCAUUACCUGUCAACUUGCGUCGUAUUAUUCAAAACGCUCAACAAAUUUUCCACAAUGGUCGUCACAAGGCUUCUGACUUGAGAUUAGAUGAAAUUGUCGAUGGUGUUAAGGAUCUUUGUACUAAACUUCACGUCAUUCGUGGUAAUUCUGAAUUACUGAGAGAAGCACAAGCUAAUGCUACUUUAUUGUUCCAAUGUUUGUUACGUUCCAGAUUGGCAACUAGACGUGUGAUUGAAGAGUUCAAGUUGAGCAAGAUUUCUUUCGAUUGGGUAUUGGGUGAAGUUGAAACUCAAUUCCAAAAGUCUAUCGUUCACCCUGGUGAAAUGGUCGGUGUUAUUGCCGCCCAAUCUAUUGGUGAACCAGCUACUCAAAUGACGUUGAAUACUUUCCAUUAUGCUGGUGUGUCGUCCAAGAAUGUUACCUUGGGUGUUCCUCGUCUUAAGGAAAUUCUUAACGUUGCUAAGAACAUCAAGACUCCAGCCUUGACAGUCUACUUAGAAAAGGAGAUUGCCGCCGACAUUGAAAAGGCCAAGGUUGUUCAAUCUGCUAUUGAACACACUACCUUGAAGAAUGUUACGUCUGCGACUGAAAUUUUCUAUGACCCUGAUCCAAGAAGUACUGUCAUUGAAGAAGAUUAUGAUACCGUUGAAGCAUACUUUGCCAUUCCUGAUGAAAAGGUUGAAGAAUCCAUCGAAAAGCAAUCUCCAUGGUUACUUCGUCUUGAAUUAGAUCGUGCAAAGAUGUUAGAUAAGCAAUUAACCAUGUCACAAGUUGCUGAGAAGAUCUCUCAAAACUUCGGUGAAGAUUUGUUUGUCAUUUGGUCCGACGAUACUGCUGAUAAAUUGAUUAUUCGUUGUCGUGUGGUUCGUGAUCCUAAGUCAUUGGACGAAGAAGCUGAUGCAGAAGAAGAUCAAAUUUUGAAACGUAUUGAAGCCCAUAUGUUGGAGUCUAUUUCAUUACGUGGUAUCCCAGGUAUCACCAGAGUGUUUAUGAUGCAACAUAAGGUUAGUUUACCUGAUGCUACAGGUGACUUUGCUCAAAGUCAAGAAUGGGUAUUGGAAACUGAUGGUGUUAAUUUGGCAGAUGUUAUGGCUGUAUCUGGUGUGGAUGCUGCCCGUACUUACUCCAAUAACUUUAUUGAAAUUCUUUCUGUCUUGGGUAUUGAGGCUACUCGUACUGCUCUUUUCAAGGAAAUUCUUAACGUUAUUGCUUUCGAUGGUUCCUAUGUUAACUACCGUCAUAUGGCCUUAUUGGUUGAUGUGAUGACAUCUAGAGGUCACUUGAUGGCUAUCACCCGUCAUGGUAUUAAUAGAUCUGACACUGGUGCCUUGAUGCGUUGUUCUUUCGAAGAAACCGUCGAAAUUUUGCUUGAUGCAGGUGCAGCAGCUGAAUUGGAUGACUGUCGUGGUAUCUCUGAAAACGUUAUGUUGGGACAAAUGGCUCCUUUGGGAACCGGUGCUUUCGACGUUAUGGUUGAUGACAAGAUGUUGCAACAUGCUCCUUCAAACAUUAGCGUUUCUGCUACUGCUGAAGUGGGUGACUUUGCUGAAGAUGGUGGUGCUACCCCAUACAAGGAAUAUGACAUGGAAGAUGAUAAGAUUCACUUUGAAGAAGGUGCUGGGUUCUCACCAAUCCACACUGCUCCAGUUUCCGAUGGAUCUGGUGCUCUUACUUCCUAUGGUGGCCAACCAAUGUCACCAUCUCCAACGUCUCCAUUCUCCUAUGGUGCUACUUCCCCAAGCUUUGGUGGAGCUUCUCCAGGAUAUGGUGGUACAUCUCCAACAUACUCUCCAACUUCACCAACAUACUCCCCAACCUCGCCAAGUUACUCACCAACUUCUCCAAGUUAUUCCCCAACUUCGCCAAGUUAUUCACCAACUUCUCCAAGUUAUUCACCAACUUCGCCAAGUUACUCACCAACAUCUCCAAGUUAUUCCCCAACUUCGCCAAGUUAUUCACCAACUUCUCCAAGUUACUCACCUACAUCACCAAGUUAUUCACCAACUUCGCCAAGUUAUUCACCUACAUCACCAAGUUAUUCACCAACUUCGCCAAGUUAUUCACCAACAUCUCCAUCAUACUCACCAACAUCUCCAUCAUACUCACCAACUUCCCCAUCAUACUCCCCAACCUCACCAUCAUACUCCCCAACUUCACCACAGUACUCCCCAACAUCCCCAUCAUACUCACCAACAUCCCCAUCAUAUUCCCCAACUUCACCAUCGUACUCCCCUACAUCCCCACAAUACUCUCCAACCUCUCCAUCUUACUCUCCAGGCUCACCACAAUACAGCCCUAAGUCACCAUCUUACGGAGACAGUAAGAAGAAGGACGAUGAGGAAAAAUAAUGAGGAUUUGAAGUUGUACCUUGAAUUUAACUGGUUACCUUUGAAGCAUUUUGCUUCAAUCGAUUGUAUUUUUAUAAAUCCUCUUGCAGGAGAAAAGAAACGGAAAAUCCAAAAAGUCAAAAAAAAAACAAAGAGGUGUUUAUCCACAGACUGUUAUAUACUCAGUAUAGUAGAAUAAUAUUGAAUCAUAAGAAG